UGAGUGACAUCGGUCUUCAAAGAAUGGACCAUAAGAUUGAUGACCCAAAGCUUGCUUUUGCUUACCUCCGUCCAGCCUGUGUGCUUCUGACUCGUGAGCCCACGGUGGGCAAUGUGGAAACCCUGAGCACACACAGCUGAGGCAUGUAAACGAUGGAACCCUGCAGCAAGUGCAGGACUAUGUCCUUUUCCCUCUUCGCCCUCAAAAUCCCUGGCCCCAAGCGGGGGAUGGCUUGGUCCAGGCUGUGGCCGAGGCCAUGGGCUACGUUCUGGAGAACACCUGUGUACGGAGCUGGGAGACGCUGAGGGAUCUCCUUUCUGAGCUCUGCUUCUGCUCUCCCACGGACCCAGGGAAGCCAGCACCCGCCCCAGAAGAGCUGAAAGCUGCAGUACUGAGAUGCCUGGAUGCUCUGCUGCAUGCAGCCUACGGUGGCGUGGUCUUCAAGCUGUUUGAGCCCACCAUGCUGCCUGGCCUUGGGGCUGCUAUCUCCCUGCUGCUUGCCCUGGGAGAGCAGGAGAAGUCCCGCACUGUGCAGUCGGCUACACUGAAAUGCAUGCAGGCCCUGACCCUCCAGUGUGACUGUUCUCUGGACCUUGUGUCAGUGGGUCAGGAAGAGAGGUGUCACCUAGGCAACACCGUGGCUUCUUUCUUACCUGGGUUCACCAUCGCUGUGAGCCGUGUGAUCACUGGGGAUAUUAGGCAUGGACAUGCUGUUACUGUUAGGGCAAUAAAGGUGUGGUUCAAGACCGUGGGACUGGUGAUGGCUGACGACCAGCUACAGAACACCAGGGCUGGGGAGAGACAGCCUGGGAGCUGGGGAGAUUAGGGGAGCUAGUAGUGCAGAGGACUCAGGACUGGGUGAGAAACACCUCUGGGAGGCUGGCCUUACUGUUAAAAAAUAUCAUCUCCUGCACCUCAGCUCAUCAGAACCUCUCAGACCACCUCCUGGCCAACUGUAACUCCUCCCUGAGUAAGUGUGUGGGCCCCCUCCUAAAGGCUCUGGUGGGGUCUGUGCAUAACGAGGAGCCCACUGUGAGGGAGAGGUGUGAAGCUGCCCUGAGGGAGAUGUCAGAGAGGAGUCAAAACUCAGAUAUUAACAACCAGGCCUUUACUGCCAUAUUGUCAGAGAACCUCCACUCCCUGGCCACCUCCCUGCCGCGCCUCAUAAGGACGUCUGACAACCAGCGUAAGGUGUUUGGACCC